CAUGGCGGAGACGGGCUGUGACGGGAGGUGAAUGAGGAAGAGAUGACGCUGUAACUGGGUUUCUGCCCAGACCUCUCACAAAGCUGAUAGUUCCGCCGGGUUCACCAAGAAGAUUCUUGCUUUCUGGCCGGUGAAGAAAAUACUGUCCUUGUCUUGUGCUGAUUUUUGGAGUUUUGCUACUCACGCUCCUAUUAGGCUACCUGCCUGAGACGCGGUCAUGAUCAGUGAAGUUCUCUUGUAACCUGUCUCCGAAACGUCAGCUUCCUGUUAAGAUACGUGUUGACAGAAUAGUUUUUAACUCAUAGCUUUGCCGGCUGCCGAUGCGUGAAAACGACCAUUGGUGUGCUGCGCCUGUCGGUGCAGUUUCCGACACAGACUGUGUCAAGUUUCAACAAGACAGUGAGACACACGGGACUUGGCUGGAAUCGCUGUAACAACUUCGCUGCUGGAGUGUGUGUGUGACUUCAACCCCUGACUUGCUGCUUUCAGAUCAAACUUAUAGUUUUAGAUGAAAGUGCUUUGUGAUGCAUGUCAGUUUGGAUGGAGUGGCAAGUGUUUUGUUUUGCAUUAAGGGACCGUGCGUAACAAGGGGAAAGCUAUCCAAGUGUUUUUCCAUCGACUAUCCUGCGUAACCGCCUACGGGAGGUUGAACAGGUGUCUUACCUGUUAUUGCCACCUGCCCCUUUCUAGUAGCCAUGGCUAGCGAGGAGACACCGAGUGCUUCGCAAGUUGGUGAUCGCGACAAGGACGAGAAAGCGACAAUGUCCAUCAAUCCUCCAAUUCCUAUCAGAGGAAUACGAAUGAAAUUUGCUGUCCUCGCCGGCCUGGUGGAUGUUGGGGAAGUUUCUAACCGAGACAUUGUGGAAACCAUCUUCAAUCUGUUGGUGGGAGGUCCCUUUGACCUGGAGAUGAACUUUAUCAUCCAAGAAGCCCAGAGCAUUGGCUGCAUGGUGGAGCUGCUGAGCAAGUGUGACCCCACAUGCCAGGCCGAAGUGUGGAGUAUCUUCACUGCCAUCCUGAAAAAAAGUGUCCGCAACCUGCAGGCCUGCACUGAAGUGGGCCUUAUCCAGCAGGUCCUGGAUUGUGUGGACAAAGCGGAUUGCAUGAUAGCAGACUUGAUGGUGGAUAUGUUGGGGGUGCUGGCCAGUUACAGCAUCACGGUGAAGGAGCUGAGACUGUUCUUCAGCAAGUUGCAAGGGACAAAAGGACAAUGGCCGCCCCAUGCUGUGAAGCUGCUGUCUGUGCUGAAGUCCAUGGCCCACAGAGUUGGACCCGACUCUUUUUUCAGCUUUCCAGGAAAGAGUGCUGCGGCCAUUGCCCUGCCUCCAAUAGCCAAAUGGCCUUAUCAGAAUGGUUUUACCUUCCAUACGUGGCUACGCGUGGAUCCCCUAAACAACAUCAACGUGGAUAAAGACAAGCCUUACCUCUACUGUUUUCGGACAAACAAAGGCCUAGGCUACUCAGCACACUUUGUGGGUGGCUGUCUCAUCAUCACCUCGUUAAAGUCCAAAGGGAAGGGCUUCCAGCACUGUGUGAAAUAUGACUUCAAGCCCCAGAAGUGGUACAUGGUGACAAUCGUUCAUGUCUACAACCGCUGGAAGAACAGUGAAAUCAGCUGUUACGUUAAUGGGGAACUGGCUUCUUAUGGAGAGAUCACCUGGUUUGUGAACACCAGUGACACUUUUGAUAAGUGCUUUCUGGGCUCGUCUGAGACGGCAGAUGCAAACCGCGUGUUCUGCGGGCAGAUGGGAGCAGUGUACCUCUUCAAUGAAGCUCUGAGUGCUGCCCAGAUCCUGGCCAUUUUUCAGCUUGGACCUGGCUACAAGGGGACCUUCAAAUACAAAGCAGAAAGCGAUCUGCUGUUUGCAGAGCAUCACAAGUUGCUGCUUUAUGAUGGCAAGCUGUCCUCAAGCAUUGCUUUCACUUACAAUCCUCGAGCCACGGAUGCUCAGCUCUGUCUGGAGUCCUCACCCAAAGACAACGCCUCGAUCUUCGUCCACUCACCUCAUGCCCUCAUGCUGCAGGAUGUCAAGGCAGUGGUCACACAUUCAGUCCAGAGUGCCAUCCACUCUAUUGGGGGUGUGCCGGUGCUGUUUCCCUUGUUUGCACAGCUGGACUUCCUCCAGCCCUGUAGUGAUGAACUUGAUUCGUCUAUCUGUUGUACCCUCUUGUCGUUUGUGAUGGAACUCCUGAAGAAUUCGGUGGCUAUGCAAGAGCAGGUGCUUGCCAGCAAGGGUUUCCUGGUGAUAGGUUACACCUUGGAGAAGUCUUCCAAACUUCAUGUAACACGACCAGUUUUGGACAUCCUGCUGACUUUUGCACGCUACCUGAGCAAUUUGCCGAACGGUGUCCCACUGCUGAAACAGUUGUGUGAUCACAUUCUGUUCAAUCCCAUCAUAUGGAUUCAUGCACCAGCUAAGGUCCAGCUGUCACUGUACACAUACUUGGCAACAGAGUUCAUCAGCACUGUCACCAUUUAUAAUGCCAUUCGGCGAGUUGGCACCGUCCUGCAGGUGAUGCACACACUCAAGUACUUCUACUGGGUGGUAAAUCCACAGGACCGCAGCGGAGUCGCCCCUAAAGGCAUGGAUGGUCCUAGGCCAAGUUCAAAGGAGAUCCACUCUCUCAGAGCAUUCCUUCUGCUUUUUGUAAAGCAGCUCAUCAUGAAGGAUUACGGGGUGAAGGAGGAUGAACUUCAGAGUAUUCUGAACUAUCUUCUCACAAUGCAUGAGGAUGAAAAUCUGAUGGACGUGCUGCAGCUCCUCGUAGCCCUCAUGUCAGAGCAUCCUAGCUCCAUGGUCCUAGCCUUUGACCAGCGCAAUGGAAUACGGGUUGUUUUCAAGCUCCUGGCAUCCAAGAGUGAAGGAAUCCGAGUGCAGGCGCUCAAAGUCCUUGGCUAUUUCCUGAAGCAUCUGCCACCAAAGAGAAAGUCUGAAGUGAUGCUCAGCCAUGGGCUCUUCUCUCUUCUCACUGAGAGGCUCAUGCUCCACUCCAACCAGUUCACCCUCACCAGCUACAACGUGCUCUUUGAGAUUUUAACCGAGCAGAUCUGUACCCAAGUGAUCCACAAACAGCAUCCAGACCCAGACUCUGCUGUAAAGAUCCAGAAUCCUCAGAUCUUAAAAGUGAUCGCAGCUCUACUGAAAAACUCACCACCUGGUCCAGAGAGCAUGGAAGUGCGGCGCAUCUUCCUAUCUGACAUGAUCAAACUGUUUAACAACAGCAGAGACAACAGGAGGAGUCUGCUGCAGUGCUCGGUAUGGCAGGACUGGAUGUUGUCCCUGUGCUUCAUUUCUCCGAAGAACAGCGAGGAGCAGAAAAUCACUGAAAUGGUUUACGCCAUAUUCCGGAUCCUUCUCUACCAUGCUAUUAAGUAUGAGUGGGGAGGCUGGAGGGUUUGGGUGGACACACUUUCCAUCACUCAUUCAAAGGUCACCUUUGAACAACACAAGGAGAAUUUGGCUCGAAUGUUCCGGGAGUAUCAGAGACUUGGUUCUGAUUCUGGUUCUGCCACCCAGAUCCGCACAGUAUCUGGGGCCAGUCAGGAUGCAGAGCUUCAAAGUCAUGCUCCUGGAGAAAUGAUGGAACCUCCAGUGCAGGAGGAGAUGGCUCCCUCCACAGUGAUCGAGCUAUGUGUGGAAGACAGUCCACCUCUUCAAGGUCAUGCUGAGAAGGAGGAAAGGGAUGGGGAAAAAGCUAAACAUGAGAAGAGUGAAGGAGGAAAAGAUGAAGAGAGAAAUCAAACUCCUGUUGUGGUGUCAAAUAUCAUACUUCGUGCUGAAGAAGAGGAGAAAGAAGAGGGUGAGCGGAGAGCUCAACAGCCAGACAGUGAAGCGUGUGGUAAUCAUUCAAUUAAGGAAGAAAGUCUGAGUGAAACCAGCAUAUCAGAUGGUGAAGUUCUCAAACACAGCAUGGAGCCUGCUGAUAAUGUAACAGAGCUGAAACCUGAACCAAAUAAACAGCCUGAUGCUGCAGAACAAGGGACAGAGAGUGAAGAGACUGAAGAGGUUGUAGAAAAAGCAGAAACUGCAAAGGUCGAAGAUGAGAGAAGAAAAUCAGAUGCAAGUGUAGAAGAAGCAGACAAUGUAAAACUGGCAGAUGGGAAAGAUGAUGUCCAAGAAAAGUGUGAGAUUGAUGAAGAGAAGAUGAGACAAAAGGAAGAAUCUGAUUCAAGAGAAAUGGUGAACGAGCUAGCGACAUCUGAAAUCAAAGAAGACUCUAUGGAGCAAGGAAGCUCUGAAUUGUCCAACAACAAUGAAACAAGCACAGCUGGUGCAUCCAUUGUAAACGAAGACUUGGUAGACGUUUCAUCCUUAAGCGAAGCAGUCAAAGCAAGUGAUGACAGCAUGGAGGAAUCCUCUUUUGUUUCUGCUAUGGGAGAUGCAGAUGAAGAGCAUGAGAAUGAAGAGCAGAGUAAGGCAACACAGUCAGAUCUCAGGGAGCCAGAUACACAAGCACAAAGUUCGAUUGUUAUGGAUAAGGAUGAGAUGACUGAAAGUAAUGAAGGAUUCAAAGAACAAGAUUCCCAAGAUGUGGACAAAGACUUGGUUGACACCAGGGAGGCGCUCCCCACUGCAACGUCUACUGUGGGACCCAUAGCAGAAUCAGUUGAAUUGGAAGAAUCCAGUGCACAGCCAGUGGAACCAGUAGACACUGCAGAGCCUGCAACAGUAGAAGUCCCCACUGCAGAACCUGCAACAGUAGAAAAUACUGCAGAACCUGCAACAGUAGAAGUCCCCACUGCAGAACCUGCAACAGUAGAAAACACUGCAGAACCUUCAACCGUAGAAGUCCCCACUGCAGAACCUGCAACAGUAGAAGCCCCCACUGCAGAACCUGCAACAGUAGAAGUCCCCACUGCAGAACCUGCAACAGUAGAAGUCCCCACUGCAGAACCUGCAACAGUAGAAGUCCCCAGUGCAGAGUCAGCAAAAUCAGACCAGCAGGUUCUAGAGACAUCUGCAGCACGGACACAGGAUGAAGAUGGCAGCAAUGCACAAAAGUCUGCAGAGUCUGGAAAGGAGCAAAUAGAAGGCACUGCUGCCAAGACUAAAGAAGUGAAAAUUGCCCGUCUUGAUGUUUCUAGUGUAGCUACGGACACCGAGAGAUUGGAACUGAAGGAGGCAGCUGCAUCGGAGGCAAGUCAGGCCCAAGCCACGGCAUCUGGUCCUUCCCCAGCAAGCAGAGACAGUACCUCAUCAUCCACUCGUUCCACCAUGUUCCGUAUCCCAGAAUUCAGAUGGUCCCACAUGCACCAGAGGCUUUUAACUGACCUGCUCUUUUCCAUAGAAACAGACGUGCAGAUGUGGAGAAGCCAUUCCACCAAGACAGUGAUGGACUUUGUCAACAGCAGUGAAAAUGUGGUGUUUGUACACAACACUGUACACCUCAUCUCUCAAGUGGUGGACAAUCUCAUUAUGGCCUGUGGUGGGAUCCUUCCUCUGCUCUCAGCUGCUACGUCCUCUUCGCAUGAGCUGGAGAGCAUCGAACCAUCUCAGGGGUUGGCGGUGGAGGCGUCGGUCACAUUCCUGCAGCGUCUCAUCAGCCUGGUGGAUGUGCUGAUCUUUGCCAGCUCCCUGAGCUUCACGGAGAUUGAGGCCGAGAAGAACAUGUCCUCUGGUGGCAUCCUUAGACAAUGCCUUCGACUCGUGUGUGCCAUGGCUGUGCGGAACUGUCUGGAGUGUCAACACCAUAGUCAGUCUGGCCCAGAGAGCGCUCGUGGUCACAAAAGCCUCAUGGGAGCUGCCAGGUCCAUGCCUGCUCAGAGUCCAGUGGAUAUGGUGACUGGUGGGAUGUCUCCAAUCAGAGACAUUGACAGACUUUUGCAGGACAUGGACAUAAACCGCCUGCGAGCAGUGGUCUUCAGAGACAUUGAGGACAGUAAGCAGGCACAGUUUUUGGCUUUGGCUGUAGUUUACUUCAUCUCUGUGCUAAUGGUUUCUAAAUACCGGGACAUUUUGGAGCCUCAAAAUGACAAAAGACCUGUCCAGCACAGCCAGUCCAGCAAGAGCACAGAGAGUGCUUCCUCUGGCCUUGAUGUAGAUAGCACUGUGUCACUCCGCCGACGGGAUUCAGGCAUAGGGGAUGAGCAGUCCUCUAUGACCCCGAGUGAAUGCGCGGCUACCAGCUCACAGGGUCCCGAUGCCAUCUCCGAGGCACUGACGACGCUGUCCGUAGAAGUCAAGAAAGGCCAGGAGGGAGCUGGUGAACGUGAGGCCAAGGGAAAGAAUGUGAAAGACAUCUUGCGCAGCCUGGUGAGUGGGCCAGCGGAUGACGUCAUGGUGGACCCCAGCCUGCUGCCUCCUACCUUCCUUGGUCCCGUCGGCGCAGACGGCCGUGAUCAGUCUCUCCAGUUCCACUCCUUUGACAGGAGUGUUGUAGUGGCUCCAAAGAAAGCGGGCGGAGGACAGGGCCCAGCCAGUGUGUCCAUUGCUGUGGCCAACCCGCCAGCCCCUCCAGCAGGAGCGACUCCAACCAACAAUGUGGCUGUGGUGUCCAGUAGUGACACUACCCAGAGUGCUUCAGCUGACUCUGCCACUGCUGAUCCUGGAAGCACCAACCUGCCAUCUGUCCCUGCGCUGUCCCCAGCCAGCCAGCACACCACCCCCAACAUGAGUAUCUCUGAGAGACUUGAGCAUGCUUUGGAGAAAGCGGCACCAUUACUGCGGGAAAUAUUUGUGGACUUUGCACCGUUCCUGUCUCGGACCCUACUGGGUAGCCACGGGCAGGAGCUGCUCAUAGAGGGCACAAGUUUAGUGUGCAUGAAGUCCAGCAGUUCGGUGGUGGAGCUGGUGAUGCUACUGUGUUCACAGGAGUGGCAGAAUUCAAUCCAGAAGAAUGCUGGCUUGGCUUUUAUUGAACUAGUCAACGAGGGCAGGCUGUUAAGUCAUACUAUGAAGGACCAUCUGGUACGUGUGGCCAAUGAAGCUGAAUUCAUCCUGAGUAGACAGAGAGCAGAAGACAUUCACAAGCAUGCUGAGUUUGAGUCUCACUGUGCACAGUAUGCAGCCGAGAAGCGAGAUGAGGAGAAGAUGUGUGACCACCUAAUCAGAGCAGCCAAAUACCGUGACCAUGUCACUGCCACCCAGCUUAUUCAGAAGAUUGUCAACAUUCUCACAGACAAACAUGGAGCCUGGGGAUGCUCUUCAAUCAGCCGGCCUCAGGACUUCUGGCGCCUUGACUACUGGGAAGACGACCUGAGAAGGAGAAGACGCUUCAUCAGGAACCCCUAUGGUUCCACACACUCUGAAGCAACGCUUAAAGCUGCAGCUGAGCAUGCUCCUGAUGAAGACGUCCUGAAGGGAAAACCGUCAAUCAGAAGUCCGGCUCUGGGUCAUCAGAACUCGGAGAGCGAAAUACUGGUUGAUGGUGAUGAUGACACGCUGUCGUCUUUAGAGGAAAAGGAGUUCGAAAACCUCACAGGCCCUGUGAACCUGAGCACCGGGGCUCAGCUGGUCGCGCCAGCCGUUGUGGUGAAGGGAACCCUGUCCAUCACAGCUUCGGAAGUGUACUUUGAGGUGGAUGAGGAAGAACCGAGCUUUAAGAAAAUCGAUCCCAAGAUUCUGGCCUACACUGAAGGGCUCCAUGGGAAAUGGCUGUUCACCGAGAUCCGUGCCAUAUUCUCUCGGCGCUACCUCCUGCAGAACACGGCGUUGGAGAUCUUCAUGGCCAACCGAACAGCGGUUAUGUUCAACUUCCCUGAUGUGGCCACUGUGAAGAAGGUGGUGCAUUGCCUUCCCCGUGUGGGAGUGGGCACCAACUUUGGCCUCCCCCAGACAAGGCGUAUCUCAUUAGCCACCCCAAAGCAGCUGUAUAAGGCCUCCAGCAUGGCUCAGCGAUGGCAACGGAGGGAGAUCUCCAACUUUGAGUACCUCAUGUUCCUCAACACUAUAUCUGGUCGUACAUACAAUGAUCUGAACCAGUAUCCAGUUUUUCCUUGGGUCAUCACAAACUACGAGUCUGAGGAGUUGGAUCUCACACUACCUAGCAACUUCAGAGAUUUAUCCAAGCCAAUUGGAGCCCUAAAUCCAAAGAGGGCUGCCUUCUUCUCUGACCGCUAUGAAUCAUGGGAGGAUGACCAGGUCCCAAAAUUCCACUAUGGAACCCAUUACUCCACCUCCAGUUUCACCCAGAUGUGGUUGCUGCGCAUCGAACCAUUCACAACAUUUUUCCUGAACUUCCAAGGGGGGAAGUUUGACCAUGCGGACCGGACUUUCUCGUCAGUAUCCAGGGCCUGGAGAAAUUGCCAGAGAGACACGUCUGAUGUUAAGGAGUUGAUUCCAGAAUUUUACUAUCUACCUGAGAUGUUUGUCAACUCCAAUAGCUACAACCUGGGGGUGAUGGACGAAGGGACUGUGGUGUCAGAUGUGGAGCUGCCGCCAUGGGCCAAGGACCCUGAGGAGUUUGUGCGCAUCAACCGACUGGCUUUGGAGAGUGAGUUUGUGUCCUGCCAGCUGCAUCAUUGGAUUGACCUCAUCUUUGGCUACAAGCAGCAGGGCCCGGAGGCUUUGCGCGCGCUUAAUGUCUUCUACUACUUGACGUACGAAGGCACAGUCAACCUCAGCUCCAUCAGCGACCCGAUGCUGAGAGAGGCGGUUGAAUCUCAGAUCCGGAGUUUUGGACAGACACCAUGUCAACUGCUUAUUGAGCCACACCCUCCUAGAAGCUCAGCCAUGCAAGUGACUCCACUGAUGUUCACCGAGCAGAUGCAGCAAGACGUCAUCAUGGUGCUCAAGUUCCCUUCCAAUUCUCCAGUCACCCAUGUCGCGGCCAACACCCAACCUGGCCUAGCAAGCCCGGCUAUCAUCACGGUUACUGCUAACCGCCUCUUCUCUGUCAACAAGUGGCACGGCCUCACUGGUCAUCAAGGCUCUUCUGUUCAAGAUCAGCAGUACCAACUACCGGUGGAGAUCGACCCUUUGAUAGCCAGUAAUGUAGGGAUGCAUCGCAGGCAGAUCACAGACCUACUGGAUCAGAGCAUCCAGGUGCAUUCCCAAUGCUUCACAAUUACUGCUGACAACCGCUUCAUCCUGCUUUGUGGCUUCUGGGACAAGAGCUUCCGCGUCUACUCCACUGACUCAGGAAAACUGACUCAAAUCGUGUUUGGUCAUCGGGAUGUGGUGACAUGUCUGGCACGCUCCGAGUCGUACAUUGGAGGUGAUUGCUAUGUGCUGUCAGGUUCGAGGGAUGCUACACUACUGCUCUGGUACUGGAAUGGAAAACACAACAGCAUUGGAGAAAACCCUGGAAAAGAGUUUGUGACACCGAGGGCCAUCUUGACGGGACAUGACUGCGAGGUGACAUGUGCAAGUGUAUGUGCGGAGCUGGGCCUUGUCAUCAGUGGCUGUAGGGAGGGACCAUGCUUGAUCCACUCAAUGAAUGGAGACUUGCUGCGAACGUUGGGUGCCCCAGAGGGGUGUGUGCGGCCUCGUCUCGUGCAGGCCUCCACUGAGGGACACUGCGUGGUGUACUACGAAAAGGGACACCUCUGCCUGUUCAGUGUCAACGGAAAACUGCUUUCCCACAAGAACAUGGAGGAGAAUGUGAAGGCUAUGCUGCUGAGCAGGGAUGGGCAGUACCUGCUUAGUGGAGGGGAUGGAGGUGUUCUGACUGUUUGGCAAGUUCAUGACCUGAAGCAGCUCUUCACCUACCCAGGCUGUGAUGCAGGCAUCCGAUCCAUGGCCAUGUCCCAUGACCAGAGGUGCAUUAUAACGGGAAUGGCAUCCGGCAGCAUUGUACUGUUCUAUAAUGACUUCAACAGAUGGCACCAUGAGUACCAAACUCGUUACUGAGGGACCAGCACUCCACAGUACUGACAUUUGCUUGGCCAGUGUCACCAUGGCAACAGCAUUGGCCACUGAAAACGCAAUCCUGCCAUGGGUCUCAGAGGCACUAUCCUGAAUACAUAAUAAAAUUCUGAAUGUAUCACACAAAAUAAAUUUUAAAAGUAAACUAUUUUUGAAAUGGCAAUUGCUAUAUUUUGUAGAUCUUGUGACGUUUCAUAUAUUAAAUCUUAAGGUGUCAGGGUUGCAUACAUAUCAUUGAUAUAAAUAUAUUUUAGCGGUUUAAGUAUAUUUUCACCUUUGCCCACCAGGCUAUAGUGGACAAUGGCUAUAUGACUAUAUUUACAUCUGAUGUCCAUAUAUAGAUUCCAUAUAUUUGUGUACUUUUUGGGGUGAUCUUUUUUUUUCUUGUUGUCUUUUGGGGGAUUUUUUUUCUUAAUAGCUUUUUGCUGCUGCUGUAGGGGUGCAGUUUUAUGGUGACUGAAGUGACUCAGAUGCAGGUCUUACUGUACUUGAGCUGCAUACACAUGUCUUUUUAUUGCAUAUUCUAUACUAAAGCUAAAUCCUGGCAUACAUUUCUGCACUGUAUUUUGCAGCACAUCAAAAAAAUGUUUCAUGGAAGAGGGAGGUGGCAUGUGAAGGAUCCACAAGGGCAAGUGGAGAUUGUGUAGUCAUGUUUGAAAUUGGUGGACUGUCAGUGAGUGGACCCUGAUUGCUCCAGCAGCUAAAGUCGCACUCUUAAUCACUGUAUCUGUAACUCGAUGUCAUAGCGUGCACAGCUUCUCAUGUAACCAAUUUUUCCAGUAGACGUGUGCAAAUUUCUCUGGUGGUAUGGAGAUGGUAGAGGAAUGGUCUAUCUCAGAGUAUCUUGCACGUUUGUUAUCCAGACAUUCCUCAUUCAUUUUGUUUUUGAUUAUAAUAUUGGUAAGUGCUGAUGACUGAUGGAAAUCACUGUUUUUAUUGUCUCCCAGCACCAUGACAGUUUCUACUGGGUGUCUUCUUGAUUUGUGUGAUGAGUCAAAACAAUAAAAUUUAAUUUCCUUUCAGAAGUUA